CUGCCGAAAACAAUAACAAAUAAAACAAAUUUAAAUACUCCUGGCCACAAAUGGACGACGGCGAGCUGGUCAAGCUGAUUGAAAGCCACAAGAUCCUGUACGACAAGGACAGCGCCCGGAGCGUAAAGAAUGCGGCGCUAAAGGACGCGGCCUGGAAGGCAAUCUCCCUGAAAAUGGGCGCCUCCGAACGGGCCUGCAUUACGCGCUGGAAGAGCAUCCGUGACCGAUUCGGCAAGGAGUUCCGACGCUUCCAGGAACGACCCGAUGAGCCCACCUACUGGGACAUGUUCCCACGCCUGCUCUUCCUCAAGGACCACUACAAGCAGGGCCUGGCCAAGAACGAGAGCCUGGACGGGAUGCGAUUCGCGACGCGGGAGCAGCGACGAAGGCCAAAGGCAGAUGCAGAGCAGGAGAAGCGCCGCAGGGGCGAGGCGGAGGAGGAGGAGGACUGCCAGGACGACCUGCUCAACGAACAGCUCAUCGAGCUGGUGAAGAUGCAUCCUGUGCUCUAUGACCGCCACAAGAUUCGGGUCUCUAAAAACCUGGCGGCCAAAAACGAGGCUUGGCGUAAGAUUUCGGAGAACCUUAAUGUUUCAGAGGAACUCUGCUAUAACCGCUGGAAAAAGUUGCGAGACCGCUUCGCUCGGGAGUAUCGAAACCAGCAAAUCAACCAGGCCACGCCCAUCACCUGGCGGUACUUCAAGGAACUGCUCUUCCUGGGCCGGCACUUUCGCAAGGGAGUGCCGCUGAUCCUCGAGAAUAUCAAGAGACGUGGGCGACCGCCCAAGUCUACCAACUCUCCCUGCAAUCCCACGAAGCAGCCUACAGUCAUGGGCAUCUCGAGUGGCGAACAAAUCUGGGGCGCUGACUAUCCCUACAGCACGGAUAACGACGAGCUGGAAGAUGAGCUGGAGCUGCCCUAUGAUGAUAACGAGGAAAUCGAGAUUAUCUCCGAGGCAGAGCAGACCACGCCGUACGACUUUAUCCUCACAGAGGCCACGCAAUCACAGGUCUUGGAGCCACCGCAGCAGCAGCUGCAGGUCACCACCACGACGCCAGCAACGAGCGAGGAUUUAGUUCAUCAUCCCGCCGUGGAGGUGCUGGCCUCCGUUGUGGAUGAUUCUUCACCACCACCUGCCACAUCCGACAAGCUGCUUACCACUGUGAUAGCCAACAUGGAGACAGUGCUGCAGCAAUCGAGGGAGCUGCAGGCUCAGAUUCAACAGGAGCAGUUGGAUCAGGAGAAGGAGCAGCGCCAGGCUCCGCCGGAGAAUAGCCUUCUGGCCAAGGCUCAGAUGCUGCUGGACGGCCUGAGUCCCUUGGAGCGCUCGAAUGCUGAGCGCAAGAUUGUGCAGUUUCUGUGCCAGUGCCAGAUCAAGGCUCUCGAUGGGGAGGAGAUCGAAGAUGUGGCGCCCUGCCAGUUAUUCAGUUGAAGAAGUGUGGUAAUGUUUGGGGUUCCUAUUAGUUAAUUGUGAAUAAGUAUUAUAAGCUGAAAAUAAUGUUCAGUAAGACUAAGUAAUUAAGAAAUAGAAAGCAUUUUUGUACAUGUA